AUGGUUCAAGGAGAAGAUCACACCGGGAUUGCUCUCCCUCUCCCGGCUUGCAUCCGCGCAUCCGAUACAUACAGUGGCCGCCGUCGCCUUGCUGACUGGUCAUCGCUCACUGCUGGGAGUAGACAACUCUAUGUGGGUUCUCAAUCCGACUGGAACUGGCAGUCGGAGGUUCCAAACGCUCCAGUUCCCAGCAAUGUCGACCAUGCCGCGCUUCUUACGUUGGUAUUCCCGGAGAAGACGGAGGCCUUCCACGAGUCCUUGGCCACGCCUCUGCUCCAAUUGCCGAACAACCUGUCUGUCACGCCGUUGCCCUCGACUUCCAAAUCCUUCAGUGCCUACUCCAAGGAACAUGUUCAUUCUUUCUCCCUCCCCUACAGCCAAGCAUCCGACUUCCUGGCAAUGGUCCAAGAAGUACCGAACAGCAGCCCAGGCCAGGAGAUGGACCACGGUGAACAACGAAUGUGGAUAAUGAAGGAU